CGGCCGGUGCAGGCGGCGGGGCCGGACCGGGCCAAGCGGCGGAGCGCGUGGAGUAGAGAACAUGUCUGGGAUCAAGAGAGUGAUCGCAGAGAAGGACCCCGACUAUGAGGAGAUCACCAUAACACAUCCCAACAAGCGGCACAAAGCAGCCGAACAGUCAGCUCGAGAUGUUACUGUGCAGAAGAUUGAGACUAUUAUAAAGGAACAGUUUGCUGUCGAAAUGAAGAGUAAAGAACAUGAAAUUGAAGUUAUAGAUCAGCGCCUGAUUGAAGCCAGAAGGAUGAUGGACAAGCUGCGUGCCUGCAUUGUGGCUAACUAUUAUGCCUCUGCUGGUCUCCUCAAAGCUGGAGAGGGGACCAGGUCAUGCGAUGCAACAAUUCUUAAUCACCCUUCAAUCAAGAAAUUCUUGGAAUCUCCCUCUAGAUCAUCGUCUCCAGCUAACCAGGGCUCAGACACUCCCUCUGCCAACCACUCCGAGAGCGACUCGCUCUCUCAGCACAAUGACUUUCUCCUGGACAAAGACAAUGGCAACUUGGAUGCAGACGAGCGGCUGACAAACAGCCUGGACCAGAGACAGAGCAGAAAUGCUGGCCGGGACAGUUUGGGUGUUUCAAGCUCUCAAAAACCAGGACAACGAAAUGCCGGACUGUCAAAUGAUGAAACUUCACGACUUUAUGUGAAGAAAACGAUUGUGGUUGGCAACGUCUCCAAAUACAUUCCCCCUGACAAGAGAGAAGAAAAUGAUCAGUCAACCCAUAAAUGGAUGGUUUACGUCCGAGGCUCUCGGAGGGAACCCAGCAUAAAUCAUUUUGUCAAGAAAGUUUGGUUCUUCCUCCAUCCCAGUUACAAACCUAAUGACCUGGUAGAAGUGAGAGAACCUCCAUUUCACCUGACCAGGAGAGGCUGGGGAGAAUUUCCAGUGAGAGUGCAGAUACACUUCAAGGAUAGCCAGAACAAAAGGAUUGAUAUCAUACACAAUUUGAAGCUGGACAGGACCUACACAGGCCUGCAGACACUUGGCGCAGAAACGGUAGUGGAUGUGGAGCUACACAGGCAUUCCCUUGGCGAGGAGUAUCUCUUCUCCCAGUCUUCAGAGUCUGACCUUUCUGAUGUUCCUACGUCUUUAUCACUGCCACUGAGUAUCCCAGCACCAGUCAAAGCUUCUUCACCAAUUAAACAAUUGAGGGACUCCAGCCCAGAUGCUUCUGUGGACAAAGGAUUCUCUGGGAAUGCUGAAACCGAAAGACAUGCUGCAUUUUAUUCCCUGCCAUCCUCGAUAGAACGGACUCCCACCAAAUUAGCCACACAGAAAGUUGCCUUUGGCUCUCAUGGAAAUUCAGCCUUUCAACCCAUUGCAGCUAGCUGUAAAAUAGUGCCUCAAGGUCAGAGUCCAAGCCCUGCAGAGUCACCAGGAAAGUCCUUCCAGCCUAUCACCAUGAGUUGCAAGAUUGUAUCAGGUUCUCCAAUAUCGACCCCUAGUCCAUCUCCGCUACCUCGUACCCCAACGUCCACUCCGGUGCACAUGAAGCAAGGCUCUGCUAGCUCAGUCAUUAAUAACCCGUAUAUUAUUGUGGACAAGCCUGGACAGACGGUUGGAGCUGCAGCCACAAGCACAGGGAGCCCGACCAGCAAACUGAGCAGUGUCUGUCAGGCCUCUCACGGGACUGGAUCUCCUGUGUCAAAGACCCAUGGGAGCAGUUUUGUCACCUCAGCUGUCAAGCAGGAGGAUUCUCUUUUUGCCACCAUGCCACCCCUUUGUCCCAUUGGGAGUCAUUCCAAGGUGCAAAGCCCCAAAUCGGUCACUGGAGGACUUGGAGCUUUUACAAAGGUGAUAAUCAAGCAGGAGCCCGGGGAGCUGCCGCAGCAGGCGGCGGUGCCGGCGGCAGGCACGGCGGCGCAGCCCUCGGUGCAGCAGUACGUCACCGUCAAGGGCAGCCACAUGCUGGCCCUGUCCCCGCAGAAACCCGUCGUGAGCACCGGCGAGGGGACGGUGCAGUCCAAGGUUGUUGGUGUUCCCGUUGGUUCAGCGUUGCAGUCAACAGUGAAACAAGCGGUGGCAAUAAGUGGUGGCCAGAUCCUUGUGGCAAAGUCCAGCUCCUCAGUAGCAAAGGCUGUUGGUUCGAAGCAGGUUGUGACUCAAGGUGUAGCCAAAGCCAUCGUGAGCGGAGGCGGAGGGACAAUUGUUGCUCAGCCCGUGCAGACUAUAACAAAGGCACAAGUUUCUUCCACAGGGGCUCAGAAAAGUACAUCUCAAGGCUCAGUGAUGGCUACACUGCAGUUACCAGCCACCAACCUGGCAAACUUGGCAAACUUACCACCAGGCACCAAGCUGUAUCUUACCACCAACAGCAAGAACCCUUCUGGGAAAGGAAAACUGCUGCUGAUACCCCAAGGAGCCAUAUUGCGAGCCACAAAUAAUGCUAGUCUUCAGUCUGGUUCUUCUACGAAUAGUGGAGGAGGAGGAGGAGGAGGAGGAGGAACCCAAAGCACAAGCAGUAACUUGUCCCAGCACCUCACCUAUACAUCCUAUAUCCUGAAGCAGACACCUCAGGGCACCUUUCUGGUUGGCCAGCCUUCGCCUCAGAGCUCUGGGAAGCAGCUGACUCCAGCAUCAGUUGUUCAGGGCAGUGUAGGAGUUGGAUCAUCUUCCACACAAGGACAAGCCCUAAAAGUGAUAACUGGACAGAAAACAGCUCUGUUUACACAGGCUGCAUCCAGUGGACAGACAUCACUGGUGAAAAUAUCAGAUGGGUCUAUAAAAUCAGUGCCUGCCUCAUCCCAGCUCUCCAAACCUGGCACCACUGUGCUGAGAGUAUCAGGAGGUGUCAUCACCACGGCUGCUGCUCCUGCCAUGGCCCUCCCCACAAAUGGGGUGGCCCAGCAAACAGAUAAUGCAGGUUCCAGUUCAUCAUCUUCUGGAACUCCUGCAGCAAAGACAUCUGGACAGCAACACCAAACCUGUGUAAGCCAGAGCCAGUCUACUUCAUCAGUAGUGAAUAAGACUGCGACUUCCAGUGUUGUAAGUGUUGCUUCCUUGAUGACUACGCCAACGCCUGUGACGGGAAAAGCUACAGUAUCAGGGUUGCUAAAAAUCCACUCAAAUCAGUCUAGUCCACAGCAGGCUGUUCUGACAGUUCCCAGCCAGCUUAAACAGCUCGGUGUAAACACAGCUUCUGGAGGUGUUCAGACAAUACUCAUGCCUAUGAACAAAGUGCUACAGUCACUUUCUACCAGCAAAGUUUCAGCAGUUUCAGCAGUCACAGCAGCAAGUACAGUUGUCCCAAGUCCCUCCACGGCAUCCACUGCCAAAGUUAAGAUGGAGCCUGAUUCAACAGGACAAAACUGCAGUUCUGUGGGUACCCAAGAAGGCCAAGCAGCAGUUAAAACAGAAGAGAGCUCUGAACUUGGGAAUUAUGUUAUCAACAUAGAAUAUUUGGAGAACAUCCAGCAGCUUUUAACAGCAAUAGUGAAGAAGGUUCCAUUAAUUGCUGAAAAAAGUGAGGAUGUAAGCUCUUUUUGUGCCGGUUCAGUGGAACAGUAUUACAGCUGGAAUAUUGGGAAGAGGAGGGCAGCCGAGUGGCAACGAGCAAUGACAGUGAGAAAGAUCCUACAAGAAAUCGUAGAGAAGCAUCCCAGGUUUCACAGUAUCACCCCCCUGAAAACAAAGCACGUGGUGCACUGGUGUCGAUGCCAUGGCUACACUCCCCCUGACCCCGAGGCCUUGCGGAACGAUGAGGACUCCAUUGAGGAUGUGCUGACACAGAUAGACAGUGAGCCAGAAUGCCCUUCAUCUUACAGCAGUGGUGAGGAGCUGUGCCGAAAACUGGAGGAACUACAGCAAUUUCUGAAACAAGAACCGGAACAUGAAGAGGAAGUAGAUAUUCUCAACUUCAGCGAGCCAUUAAAAAUAAACAUUAAGAAAGAACAGGAGGAGAAACAAGAAGAGAUGAAGUUCUACAUGGCUUCCUUGCCUGCAUCAGAGUUUGUGAGGGACACUGCUGAGAAGAUAGGGAUUUCUUUUCAACCUGCUGAGGUACAAAAGAAUGUUUAUGCAUCUGUAAUAGAAGAUAUGAUUUUAAAGGCCACUGAACAGCUGAUGAGUGAUAUCUUACGGCAAGCGCUCGCUGUGGCGUACCAGACAGCUCCUCACAACAGGACUCCAAGAGAGAUCACAGUGAUGAAUAUUCACAAAGCCAUCUGUAAUAUUCCCUUUCUUGACUUCCUCACAAACAAACAUAUGAAGAUACUAAAUGAGGAGCAAUGAAAUAGAGCAGAGAAGAUGCUACAGGAAAGGAACACCACUGGUGAGGGAGACAUGUCUGCAGCCUGGCUAUCAACAUCUUGCUGAAGAAAGCUUCGUUGACCACAUCCUGACCACCCCACAUCCACCACCCUUUUGUCCUGCCCCAUGGGUGCUUGCUGGUAGUGCGAAUAAGCCAUUGUGAAGUUGGUGGGACUCCUGUGGGACUGUCAUGCUUUCAGCAUGCUUGUUUUGUCUGGCAGUGCUGUCAUGGGUGGAGCAUGGGCCAAACAGCCAGAACCUCCAGUGCGCUGAUCUCAGCUGGGUCUCUGAUCUGCUGCAUGGCCUUUGAUUUAAUCACUCUGUGCCUCAGUUUCCCCAUCUCUGAGCAUGGGGAGCAGGAUACCUACCUCAUAGGGGUGUACUGAGGCCUCGCUCUUGUUGGUGCCGUGCUUUGACAAUACAAAGCCUUUUAUAAACAUUAAACUACAGUUAUCUUUCUUGGCCUGGGGUGGGAGCAGAAUGUUACCUUUUGGUGCUUUUUUGGGGCUAGAAGACAGGUGAUCGUAACUACAGUAGUGUGCAGGAACUGUGAAAAAUGCUUCAGUUAGAGGGUGGUUUCAGACUUGGAAGGAGAGUAGUGUAAGUUUGAUGCAGUUGUUAAACUGAAGAAAGCGCUAUGUACCUCAGAUGGGAUGCCACCUGUCUUCUCCACCUUAAAUAAAACUAGGGUCUGCAGGAAAGCCCCUCUCAGCUCAUCACAGCUAACAGGGAGCUGCAGCUCUGUUGAAUAUAAGAAUGGCAGAACCUGACCCCUGAAUCUAGGAAAUGGGACCAAUGGAUGAAAUCCAAACAGCAUUCAGAGAAGGACUUAAAUGCCCCCUAGGAAGGACAUUACAGAUGCUCUGGAUUCAAAAGCUAAUCCUGGAUUGUUCGGGUGAGCUGAGUGCAGGAUUGCCUGCGAAAGGAAAGGGCAGAGCUUAGCCCUGACAUUACUUUAUCAGCGGAGGUCAGUGUGAUGGAGUUGAGCAGCAGUGAUUAUGUUUCAGCUCAGUGUUGAGUUGGGAGGAAUCCAGGUAGCUGGAGAACUGCAGGCCCCAUGCUUUGUAGGCUGUAGUGAACUUGGGGUCUGUACUGCUUUCAGGCAUCCCUGUACACAGCUUUUAUGAAAGCUUUUAUGAAGGGCAUUUUCAAGAUCCCUGUCACUAUCAUGACAGCCUGCAAGUUCUGUGGGAACAGCCUUUUGGGCAAACUCAGUUGUGCUAUGAUCUGCAGUGACCUCAAGUACUGUGUUUUGGGUGCCACAAUAUAAAAAAGACAUUAAGCUAUGGGAGUGCAUCCAGAGGAGGGCCACAAGGAUGGGGAAGAGUCUGGGGGGGAAGCCACAUGAGGAGCGGCUGAGGUCACUUGGUCUGUUCAGCCUGGAGGACACUGAGGGGAGACCUCAUUGUGGUCUUCAACAUCCUCCUGAGGGGCAGGUACUGGUCUCCUCACUCUCUUGACCAGUGACAGGACCCAAGGGAAUGGCAUGAAGCUGAGUUAGAGGAGGUUUAGGUUGAGUAUCAGGAAAAAGUUCU